GAAGCAGCUGCUCGACGAAGGAAAGCGUACAGCGAGGAGGUUUGGAAGCGUUAUCAGGAGUAUCAAAAACAGUGGAGUAAAUUUCGGCGUCUGCAACAUCGCAAGGCUGACACGCAUGCUCAUGGACGGCAUACGCUGGGAAGACCAACGGAUGCAACAACCAGUCAUUUGGCAGCGCCCCUGAUUCACCGGGAUCGCAGCAGUUCGCUGACUGAUAAAUAUCACAAGUGA